UGUGAGACUUUGUCUCAAAGAACCAAAAACUUCGCGAAGAGUGCGGAACACCCGAAACGUCUGUCUUGGCCUGAACCACGCAAGACCACGGGAUUUUGAGCGCUUUCCUUUUCUUGGUACCAGUCCACCCUCCCCGACCCUAAGGAGUUGGCAAGCUUGCGAGGAGUCGGAGGUAUGGAGGGGUUGGGGGGAAUGAUAGAUAUGGGGCGGGGAACUUGGGGGGACGGACAAAUACGCUCCCUGGGCGCCUCAAGUGAGGGGAAGUGCUUGCACCUUGGCCCAGGGAAGAGAGCUGCGUCUCCUGUGGUCACUGCAGCGAGGAGGCCGCAGCAUCCCUCCCUCCUGUGGGAGGAGCCUGAGUAGAGGAGCCUGCAGUCCCCCUCCCGAGGCGAACCGCAUCUCCAACAUCUCCAGGAGAGAAGCCCGCAGCUCUCCAUCUCCGGAUGCACCCCACCUCCAGCAUCCCCAGGGGAAAAGCUGGUAGCUCCCCCAUCGCGGAGGGUCCCCAUCUCCAGGGCUCCCAGGAAAGAAGCCCGCAGCUCCCGAUCCACCUCUAGGACGAGCUCGGUCCCUGGGAGGAGCCCUGGAGUCCCGGAAGCAGCUUCCCGCCUAGCCCCGCAGGAGCUCUUCGGCUCCGGGCCACCCCGCCUCCCGUGCUCACGCAGGCUGAGCCUGUCGUGCCCACACCACCACCACCACCACCACCACCACCACCACCACCACCACCACCACCACCACGCGCCCUCCCCCCAGGUCUGGAACUGGAAGGCGCAGGCGGAUUGCGGUCCUGCUGCGGCCGCGGGGACCGGAUCCUGGAGAGGACGGUUCUGUGGGACCCGCCAGGGCGCCUCGGCCUCUUCCCCACCCUCCCGGGGCCACACACGUGCACGUUGUCAACACUUUUUUUUUUUCUUUUUAAUCUUUGGUGAAAAGCCAAUUACAGAAAAACUAAGCAGCGUUUCUUCCGGACACGCGCAGCCGGAUCGUGUGUUUGUUUUUGUUGAUCACGUUGCCUUCCGCCUUCCCGGGCCCUCGUGACCUGUUAACUCCCCCUUCAAUCGCACUGAAGGGUUGAGAAACGCGGCCGCCUAAGACUCUGCCUGGCCGCUGGAGAACAGGGACCGUGUUCUGCAUUGCCUGGCCACCUCGCUCUAGCAACGAAGCCCAAGAGAUGCCAGAAGGGCCAUCCGUGAGGAAGUUUCACCAUCUUGUCUCCCCUUUCGUGGGCCAGAAGGUGGUCAAGACAGGGGGCAGCAGUAAGAAGCUCCACCCUGCCUCCUUCCAGGCUCUGUGGCUCCAGGAUGCCCAGGUACAUGGGAAAAAAUUGUUCCUUCGGUUUGAUCCAGAUGAGGAGAUAGAGCUACUCAGCAGCAGCCCACAGCCUGGACAAGGAGUGUGGCAGAAAGAGGCCAUGGACCCAGAGCUGGCCCUGGGGUCCAAUGCUCAGGAAACUUCUGCAGGCCCCUCUGAGGAUCCUGUUCCUAGUGGAUCCGAUGGUCCCUAUGGUCUUGGGGGACACAACCUUUUAGCAGUUGCCCAGAGGUGGCUAGAGGUCAGGUUUGGUUUAUUUGGCAGUAUCUGGGUGAAUGACUUCUCCAGAGCAAAGAAAGCUAACAAGAGAGGUGACUGGAAAGACCCUGUGCCCAGGCUGGUACUCCAUUUUGAUGGCGGUGGCUUCCUGGCAUUUUAUAAUUGCCAGAUGUCAUGGAGUCCUCCCCCAGUGGUUGAUCCCACCUGCGACAUCUUGUCUGAAAAGUUCCAUCGAGGACAAGCCUUGGAAGCUCUAAGGCAGGCUCAGCCUGUGUGCUAUACGCUAUUGGACCAGAGAUACUUUUCAGGAUUAGGGAACAUUAUAAAGAACGAAGCCUUGUACAGAGCAGGGAUCCAUCCCCUCUCUCUCGGUUCGCUCCUGAGUUCUUCCUCUCUGGAGGCCCUCGUGGAUCAUGUGGUGGAGUUCAGUUCAGACUGGCUUCGGGACAAAUUCCAAGGCAAGGAACAGCACACACAGAUCUACCAGAAGCAGGAGUGUCCUUCCGGUCACCAGGUUAGGAAGGAGACCUUUGGGCCCCCCGGUGGAUUCCAGAGGCUCACCUGGUGGUGCCCUCAGUGCCAGCCUCAGCCUUCAUCUGAGGAGCCAUAGAGUCUGCUGUCCUCCUAAAACACUUGGCCUUCUUCAUGGAACUUGUAGCCUUGAAGAUCCAGAUACCAUGUCUCCCGAGAGAAAGGUGUAGGCAAGAAUUGUAUGACAGAUCAGGGACAAGGUCCAGAAGGUCACUAUUGUUGUUGUUUUAUUGGAUUAUGCCUCAGCCGUGGCUUUCAUAGGGAUAGAUGUUUUCCUUUUCUGGUUAAUUCUAUAUAAUCCCACUAUACUGUCAAAAACCUGACAGGGUUAGGGAAACUGCCUGGAACAGCAGUGAGUCUGAAAAAGGGGGUACAGCUGGGGGAGUGGGGGGCAGCUGUUGGGGACAGCUGAGGGAUAUUAUACUCCCAGACUACUUUGCUAAUGGUGUGUUGUACUGUGUUUCGGGAACUGGUUGAUUUUGAGUCCCUCCAUUUUCUUUCUUUCUUUCCCUUGGAGGGGUCAGGGAUGAGGGCAAAGCCACAGGCAGGUACUGCUGGUCAGUCUGCCUGGUGCCUUUCCGGUGGCUGGAGACUCCAGGGUAGCCAGGGAGGUGUGCCCCCAAGGACUAUGAGAAAAGCUGCUGGUUUAAGAUGGGCAUUUGUGAUGGUGGAUGUUUGAACAAUUCAGGUGUCCAGGGAUGUAGAGAACAACCCAUCAGGUUGUUAGCAACAACUUCAUGGAACUGGGGUAGCAACUGAAAAUAAAACAGUGUGGUGUUUUCUA